AAUAUGGAGAGUAAUUCUCCAAAAUAAAUAUGUUAUAAUUUUAUGAAUAUAACUAGGAUUGAUACACAAUUUUUUAGAAUUUUCUAGUUAUAAAUUUAUAAUACGCACCGCACAUGAUUAUAUUGAUUGAGUUAUUACUAAUGUGAGGGAUCAAUUUGAUAUGCAUCGUCGAUUAGUUAAAAGAAAAAAUUGAUAUGCACCGAUGACGAAGGAUCAUAUAUGGAGCUCACUAGAAAGAAGAUGCUUUUACUUACUCCAACGAAGAAACACCAUUGCCUCACUCCUCCAAAUCCACGCUUUCAUGCUCCGAAACGCUCUCGAAACCAACCUCAAUCUCCUUACCAAGUUCAUUACCGCCCUCACUUCUCCUCCCCUUGGGGGCCAUCAAAAUUCAAUCGUCUUGCUCUCCCACGCUCGACAGGUGUUUGAUAAAAGGCCCCACAGAGACGAUAUCUUUCUCUGUAACUGCAUGAUCAAAGGCCACACCAAUAUGCAGCAGUUCGCUGAAUCAUUUUCUCUCUAUGGCGAUCUUAGGAGGAACACCGGGUUUGUUCCUAAUGGUUAUACGUUUGUUAUAUUAGUGAAGUCUUGUGCUUCGAAAUGUGCCAUUCGGGAAGGCCAAGAGAUACACAGUCUUGUUGCAAAAACAGGGUUCUGCUCAAAUAUGUAUGUGCUAACGGCGUUGGUUGAUAUGUAUGCCAAGUUCGGGAAUAUGAGCUAUGCCAGAAUGUUGUUUGAUGGAAUGAAUGAAAGAAACCAAGUGUCAUGGACAGCUCUUAUUUGUGGUUAUGCGAGGUUAGGAGACAUGAUUAACGCAAGAGAGCUCUUCAAUCAGAUGCCUGAGAAAGACUCAGCUACUGAUAAUGUAAUGAUUGAUGGUUAUGCAAAAUUAGGGGAGAUUGGGUCUGCUCGAAAUUUGUUUAACAAGAUGACAGAUAGGAAUGUGGUGUCUUGGACGAGUAUGAUCUAUGGCUAUUGCCGUGGUGGUUAUCUACAGUGUGCUAGAUUUUUAUUUAAUGCCAUGCAGGAAAAGAACCUUAUUUCCUGGAAUACAAUGAUUAGUGGAUAUUGUCAGAACAGGCAACCCCGUGAAGCUUUGAAGUUAUUUCAUGAAAUGCAGAUGACCACAUCGUUGGAACCAGAUCAUGUAACUAUUGUAAGUAUUCUUCCUGCUAUUGCGGACUUAGGUGCCUUGGAUUUAGGUGGUUGGAUUCAUCAGUUUGCUAGAAGUAAAAGGCUUGAUAAGUUGACCAAAAUCAGUACUGCACUCAUAGAUAUGUAUGCAAAAUGUGGCGAAAUAUCAAGAGCUAAAAUUGUUUUCGAUGAGAUGCCUGAAAAGGAAACAGCUUCUUGGAAUGCUAUGAUAAAUGGAUUGGCAGUAAAUGGCCGUGGUCAUCAAGCGUUGGAGUUAUUUUUGGAGAUGCAACAUAAGAAACUUAAGCCGAAUGACAUAACUUUCCUUGGUGUUUUAUCUGCCUGUAACCACAGCGGUCUAGUAGAUGAAGGGAAAAAGUGGUUUGAAGCAAUGGAAGGCUUUGAACUUGUCCCGCGGAUAGAACACUAUGGUUGCAUGAUCGAUCUGUUAGGAAAGGCUGGAUGCUUGGAGGAAGCCGAGAAAUUGAUUGAGAGAAUGCCAUAUGAAGCUAAUGGGAUAAUCUUGAGUUCUUUUCUUUCUGCAUGUGGGUACUUCAAUGAUUUCUCAAGGGCUAAGAAAGCUUUGGAAAAUGCAGUACAACUGGAGCCGGAGAAUGAUGGAAAUUAUGUAACAAUGAGAAAUUUGUAUGCCAGUGAGAGGAGGUGGGGUGAUGCAGAUGAAACUGAAAGCUUGAUGGCAGAGAAUGGAGCAAACAAGGAAGUUGGUUUAAGUGUCAUUGAGGUUGAUGGUACUAUCCAAGAGUUCGUGUCUGGGAACAGGUUGGAACCGCAUUGGGAAUGUUUACAUUUAACUUUGGGGCAGUUAUGGAAGCACAUGACAAGUUAACUUAAACUAGGAAAGGACGGGUACGGGGGUUUGGGAAAAGGUCAGGCAAAUUCAACUACUAAAAAAAAAAAUCAAGGAUUCAUCUCAUUACCAAAGCUAAUUCAGAUAUCAGCUCUGAAAAGACUGAAUGCCCCACAACGGAAUACUCGUGGUUACCAACUUUUUGAAAAUUGAUAUUGACGACAUGCU